AUGCUCGUUUGGAAAUUUUUUGAUACCACCGCGAGCGCAACCAUGAAGGAGCCAAUGAACGGUUUUCGGAGUAUCCGCUUUCCCUCAAAAGACGGCCAUUUCUCUCACCCAGCAGAAACUGGCCGUGAGGCUCGAACUGCUCUACUUAAGAAGUAUCAUCAGGAGCUCGAGAAGUGUAGUCCUCGGGAGACCUGGGUCGGCGAUGCCCACCAGAAAUCGGCACCUUAUCCAAUACUCGCCAAUGAAGCUCACCAACACCAGCUAGCAGAGCUUAGCGAGGCGGUGGUCCUAGCAAUUACCGAUAUUGUGGAACGAUGGUGGUCGGACGUUGGGGCUCGCUUUCCAGAGCGGAUGCCGAUCGAACCAGUGGAGGAACAGCUGCUGCAAGUGAGUCUGAACCCUUAG